AUGAUAGUCUCGAUGUACUUUAAUACCAUCAAAAACUUCAUCAAUCUCAAGAUUGUAUGUAAGAAGUUCAAUGACAACAUGAAGAAGUUUCACUUCAACCCAAUUCCAUUGACUAACAAAACAUUUAAACAUUUUCCAAACAUCGAGACACUUCAUUUGUGGAAAAAACACAAUGAAAAUUUUGGGAAUGGAUUUAUUAUCAAUAUUGUUGAGGGUGAUCAUGAAUAUUAUGAAGAAAUAAACAAAAGAAAAAAGGUUAUUAGAAAAAAAGUGUUUUACGAAAUUAUCGUGUGGUUCGAAGUAGAUUAUGUAACUGUUUUCAAAAACAGUGGUUUAAACAUAAAAUUUAAAAAUGUGAUUUAUACUAAAAAUAACACAAAAGUAUAUGGCUUUAAAAUACCACAGUGCAUUGGAUCUUUACAAGAUAAUUGUUUUAGUGAAUGUAAAAUAAUAAGCAGUAUAGUCAUACCUCCAAACAUCAGAUCUAUCAGUUCUGGUUGUUUUUAUGGGUGUUGUAAUUUGGGCAAUAUAGAAAUAUCAACAAAUAUAACGUCAUUUGGUAAUUAUUGUUUCUUUGGAUGUGAAAAAUUGAGUAAUAUUGUUAUACCAUCAAGUGUGACAAGAAUUGGUGAAUAUUAUUGGUUAUCGUUUAAUCUAAGCAGUGUGACUAUACCAUCAAGUAUAACAUCAUUUAGUAAUAAGUGCUUUAGUAAAUGUAGCAAUCUAAUCUCUAUAGAAAUUUCAACAAGUGUGAUAAAAUUUGGUUAUAAAUGUUUUAAUAAAUGUGGCAGUUUAAGUAGUGUGGUUAUUCCAUCAAGUGUGACAUUCAUUGGUGAAUGUUGUUUUUCUGGAUGUAGUAGUCUUAAAAGUGUAAGUGUGCCGUAUAAUAUCACAUUAAUCAGCAAUAAAUGUUUUCAUAAAUGUAGAAGUUUGAGUAGUAUUGUAAUUCCAUCAAAUGUAAUAAAAAUUGGUGAUCAUUGUUUUUGUAAUUGUGUUGGUCUGAGUUCCGUAGAAUUGCCAUUGAUAAAAACAUUUGGCAGCUAUUGUUUUUAUAAAUGUAUCAGUCUGAGCAGUGUGACAAUACCAUCAAGUGUCACGUUGAUUGAUAAAAAAAUUGUAAUAAUACCACAAGGUGUGAUAACACUUGAAAAUUGUUGUUUUGAUGGAUGUUCGAGUUUGAGUAAUAUUGUAAUUUCAACAAGUGUUACAUCGAUUGGAGACAAAUGUUUUAGAGGAUGUAAUAAGCUUGUCAGUGUGACUAUACCAUCGAGUGUCAUGUAUGUCGGUGAUAAUUGUUUCAGCACACUGUUAUUAUUCAAAAGAGUAAUUAAAAUGAAACUGUUAUUUUUGUGUGACACUAUUACAAAGAUGGUGUUUUUUAAUAACAAACAGAAUUAUUAA